GGUCGGGAGCGCGCUGGGUUUAAAAAUAUUUCAAACGGCGUAUCCGUUAGUCGCUCAACUGUCUGAAGGGAAUAACCGAACACUACCAGCUUUUCGGGGAGGGGGAAAAGAAAUAAACUUGCUGAGGGAUGAUGGCGGGGGAGUGCAAGCAGAGCAAUUCCUACCAGCUGUUGAUCAACCAGAGGCUGGACCUGGAAGAAGGAAGUGAUCUCUUGGAUCCAGAUAUACAACAAAAACUUGAUGAAGUAAAAGAUCUGAUUCGACGUGAAAUACAAAAAGAGCUAAAAAUCAAAGAGGGAACGGAGAAUUUGCGUAAAGUGACAACGGACAAGAAAAAUCUGGCUCAUGUGGAAAAUAUUUUGAAAACCUCAAAUCGCAAAUUGAAACGUCUGCAUUGGGAACUUCAGGAGCUGAAUGCACGAAUUAUGGUUACAGAUCGGGACAUUCGGGGAGAUGGUGGAAUGUCUCCAGACCCCUGUUGCUGGGAGCCAUGUCUAACUCCUUUCAGCAGUCGAAUCACUGCUCUGAAAAGGCAGCUAAAUAUUGAAAUGAAGGUUAAGCAGGGAGCUGAAAACAUGAUCCAAAUGUAUUCAAAUGGACCAUCGAAGGAUCGUAAAAUGCUAGCAGCAGCGCAACAGAUGUUACAAGCCAGCAAAAUAAAGAUUGAUAUAAUCCGAAUGCAGAUCCUAAAAAUAAAUCACGCCAUUGGACCAUCUGAGGAUAACAGUGACAGCAUAGGAAUCAUCAGUCCUUUGGAGCUGCGAAUUGAAGAAUUGAGACACCAUCUCUGGGUUGAGUCUGCAAUAGCAGAAGGUGCAAAAAAUGCAGUGAAGUUGCUGGAAGGAAGGAGAAUCCAGGACAAGAAAGUUCUUUUUGAGGCACAGUCGCAAUUGCAGGAGUCAGUCCAGAAAAUGGAUCUGCUUCGCAUGUCACUAGAGUGCUAUCUGAGUGAGCUCCCUCAUGGUCACCCAAAACAUGAAGUUAUCAAAGAAGAGCUGGAAAUGGUGAAUUCUCCCUCAGCAGCACUAACUAGUGUUGGAGCAUCGUACCUCUCUGCAGCCUUUAUCAAAUCAGCUGCACUUACAGGUACAUUGGAAAUAAAGUUAAUAGGAUGCCAGCACCUCCUUGAAAAUGUCCCUGGUCGCUCAUGCGUAAUGAAUGCAUCACCCAGUCCAGGAACUCCUCUAUCAUCUGUUAAGUCACGAUCAGGGAUGAAUAUUCAUAGACGAAAUACAGCGCGUCGUUACUUAAAAUCAGAGGAACGAAGUACUGAAGCAAGUGCUGUUUUGAAACUGGACAAUCGAAUUGUGGGACAAACUCAUUGGUGUUCAGUGAAGAACCAAACGUGGGAUCAGACCUUCAGCAUUGAACUUGACAGGUCCCGUGAGUUGGAAAUAGCUGUUUACUGGCGGGACUGGCGAGAACUGUGCGCAGUAAAAUUUCUGAGACUCGAAGAUUUCUUGGACAACCAAUGCCAUGUGAUGACCCUGUGCUUGGAACCACAGGGGGUGCUUUCUGCAGAGGUGAUCUUCUGUAACCCUGCCAUUGACCGAUGCCCAAAGUUACGACGACAGAAUCGAAUUUUCCCAAAAGAGAAAGGGAGAAACUAUUUGAGAGCUUCACAGAUGAAUAUUAAUAUUGCCACCUGGGGACGUCUAAUGAUGAGUCUGCUACCUCCUUGUAGCAGCAUGACAACGAUGAGUCCACCAUUACCUCCAGCUGAGUCCAGUUUCACAUCUCCUUCUGGAGCACCAUGCACUUUCAGCACCUUGUCCCCAGAAUCAAGGGACUUUACACCUAUCAACCUAAACUUCAGCCCAGAGCCACCUCCCAAGCCACCUCGGCUUUUUAUAAAUGCUGCCUCAGAGGAACGGAUACUUUCACUUGCUGACAGCCAGAGUGCAAUUGGAAGCAGUACAGGCGUAAACCCACAGACUAACAAAGUCCUGGAGAUUCUCAACCCAGCUGGGGUUACUUCCAGAUUGCAGACCCUGCACCUUGAAGACUUCAAUUGUGUUGCUUUGCUGGGACGAGGUCACUUUGGAAAGGUUUUGCUAGCCCAACAUAAAUUGACUAAGAAAAUGUUUGCUGUUAAAGCCUUGAAGAAAGGAAAUAUAUUGUCUCGUGAUGAAGUAGACAGCCUAAUGUGUGAGAAACGCAUCUUUGAAACAGUAAGUUCUGUGCAGCAUCCUUUCCUUGUGAACCUCUUUGCUUGCUUUCAAACUACAAAUCAUGUUUGCUUUGUGAUGGAGUAUGCACCUGGAGGAGACCUAAUGAUGCAUAUUCGUUCCAAUGUCUUCUCUGAACCCCAAGCUAGGUUUUAUGCAGCUUGUGUUAUCCUUGGAUUGCAAUUUCUACACAAGAAAGAUAUAGUUUACAGGGAUUUGAAAUUGGACAAUUUGUUGAUGGAUGCUGAAGGUUAUAUUAAAAUUGGUGAUUUUGGGCUCUGUAAAGAAGGAAUGGGUUCUGGCGAUCACGCAAAUACGUUUUGUGGAACCCCUGAGUUCUUGGCUCCAGAGGUGCUGACUGAGACCUCAUACACACGAGCUGUUGACUGGUGGGGUCUGGGCGUGCUUGUAUAUGAAAUGCUGGUGGGAGAGUGCCCCUUUCCAGGAGAUGAUGACGAUGAGAUUUUUGAUAGCAUUGUCAAUGACGAAGUCAGCUACCCACGAUUCCUUUCUACAGAGGCUAUUUCAGCUAUAAAAAAGCUUCUGAGAAAGGAUCCAGAACAUCGCCUGGGGGCUGGUGAUCAGGAUGCAGAAGAGGUGAAAAAGGAGAUGUUUUUCAAGGAAGUGGAUUGGGAAGCCCUAUUAGCUCGAAGAGUAACGCCACCAUUUGUCCCAAAAAUAAGGAGCCCAUUUGAUGUCCAGAACUUUGACGAUGAGUUCACAUCCCAGAGACCAAUCCUUUCUCCAUUUUCUGAUUUCCAGCCACUAACUUCACAGGAACAGGCAAUGUUUGAAGGGUUUGAUUCUAUAUUUGAUCUUUAAUAAGGUAACUGACCUGUAUGGUUUGAAUGCACUGUCAUGAUGUAGAUUAGGAGUGCUAAAAGGCUGAAUUUGAAGCUCUUGUGGCUGCACAGUUUGAAACAUUUGGUGCUCUGCUGAUGGUAACUUGAAUAUUGACACUUAACUUCCAAGGUGACCAGAACACUGAACUUUAGUUUCAUUCUAUGAAUGCAAUUUAUUUUACUUUCCUAGAAUCAAUGUGUGAGCUUUAAUCAUUACACAGAAAUAUUGAGAUUGUUCAUCAUUUUGGAACUUAACUAUGCACAGUAGCAUUGGGGAGAUGUGGCUCCCAAAGUAACUGAGGCAUUUGUAUUGAGACAAGUGAACUAAAUCAUUGUUAAAUUCAGAAGUUGGCGAGGUCAGGUUUUUUUUAAAUUCAGACAUUCAAAAUUGUUGAUGUCUUUUUAAAAAAAAAAGUAAUCCCAAAACUGGCCUCCCAUUAAAAAGAAAUUCCAUUGAGUGG